AUGUAUACGGCCUUCAAGUACGCGAGAAAGCAGUACAGGGGUUAUCAAGCUCGAAGAGCAGCUGAGCAACAAGGACAGCCUGCGGACUCCGAACCUUACGCACACAAUGGAGUACCGUUCCACGAUACAACGGCUCUAACCACCCGAACCCCAACCCCCGACGUCUCGAACAACAGCACACAAGAACCCCUGAACAAACCCAGCAAAGAAACACCCGAAGAGCGCGCCGAAAAGACCCGCCGCCGCAAGUACCGGUGGAAGAUCAUCGUGGGCCUGUUUGCGCCGUACACGCUGCAGGCGCUCGACACGACCAUCAUCGCGUCGGCCGUCAAGUUCAUCGCCGACGAUUUCGGCCAGCUGCACCAGCUCAACUGGAUCAUCACGGCCUUCAACCUGACGUCGGCCGCGUUCCUGCCCGUCUUUGCCCAGCUGGCCGACGUGUUUGGGCGCCACGCCGCGCUGCAGACGGCGCUCGUCAUCAUCCUAGUCGGCUCGGCGCUGUGCACCGCGUCCCCGGUCUCGGCUUUCCCCCUUUUGCUCCUUGGGCGAGCACUCCAGGGCGUCGGCGCUGCGGGGAUCAACAUCUGCGUCCGCACUAUCUUGGCUGAUCGUGUCUCGCUCGCGGAUUAUGCCAAGAAUUGGACGGUGUUUGCACUUCUUUCCGCUGUCAGCUUUAGUAUCGGGCCUGUGGCGGGCGGGUAUCUUACUCAGGCCAGCUGGAGGUGGUGUUUUGCGAUCAAUCUCCCCGUCGGAGUCGUUGGGAUCGGCGUCCUGUUCUGGCUGUUGCGGGGCGAGUUGGUGCCCGCGCAGGACGUGGAUGAAGUGCUGCUUGGGAGAGGGGUUCAGGGAACGACCAGAAAGGGGAGAUUCUUCGCGAGGUUAGGGACAAUCGACUACGGCGGUCAGCUGUUGUUUCUGUGGGGCCUGGGGUUGUUGGUGCUGGCGUUUACAUGGGCCGGCGCCGAGUUUCCGUGGGACUCAACUGCCGUGCUGGUAUCACUGGUCGUUGGGGGCGUCUUGACGGUUGCGUGGCUAGUGUAUGAGUGGGCCAUGGUCCCCGGGAGAUUGAUGGCGAGGGUCUUCCCAAUGCAGAAGGCCAUGAUGCCCUGGGAGCUGCUCAUGCAGAGGGAUAUCGGAUUGCUGUUUCUGAUCAACUUUGCCAACGGCGUGGCCAUGUACUCGGUCAUGUACUUCAUGGACCUGUACUUCACGCUGGUGCAGGGCCAUAGUGCGAGCAGGGCGGGUGUAGGACUGCUGUUCUUCUUGCCCGGAUUGGGCGUUGGCGUAUAUAUGGCCAUGUUCUUCAUCAAUGUCUGGCCGCGACAAACCCUUCCAGCCCUGCUCCUUGGAAGCGUUACCUCUGCCGUCGGGAUCACAGUGCUGCCAUGGGCGUGCCAAUCCGACAAUACGCCCCUCAUAUACGGCAUGAUGGCGCUCGCCGGCUACGGGGUCGGCAUGAACACCAAUCCCGGAUCACUCCACGGCCUGGCAUAUUUUCCCUCAAUGACGGCGCCUAUUUCCUGCCUCGUCUCUUUUGCGGUCCCAUUCGGCGGUACAAUCGCAUUGACGAUCAUGUCCACCGUGUUCAACAACAGAAGCGGGCCGAAACAUGAUGACCCAAAGACGGGAAUAGUAUGGGCGUUCAUUGCAAUGAUUCCGCUCAUGUGGGCAGCAAUGAUAUUGACGACAUUUCUGGGGAAUGUUUGGAUCCGGAAAGACGGUGGGCACGAUGUCGUCCACGGCGCUUGGUUGUGGCAUCUAGUCAGAGGAAAACGCCUCGAGAAGGUGACGAUGUCGAAAACAGAGCUAGUCGGGAGUGGUUGUGAAACUGGUGAUCUUCCACUGAAGAAUCUUAGAGUGGCAGAUCUUCCAAAUGACAUGGAGCGAGGCGCCUACCGGAGAGCGGUUGACGACGGGAGGAUAGAGCCUUAGAUCAUCUGGCAAUAUGUAUACUUUAGCAGUUGUCGAUGAUGCAGGCAUUGC